AUGUCAUUGAAUUAUCUCAGAAAAAUGAUUUCUAUGCUUACCAUACUACUGCUAAUUUUCACUUCAAUGCCAAGAGUUUACAUUCAUUGUAAAAAAUAUUUAUUUUAUGAUGUAUUCUAUGGAGAAGGUUUCAAUUUGAGACGUGAUGUUUAUAUACGUGUUGCUAAUACUUUACGUCUGCUGAGACAUCCAAAUCAAAUACCUGAAUAUGCCUUACAUAAUAUGAAUAUAAAAAAUUUAACUGGUGAUGAUUGGAUACUUGUUUUACCGCCAUGGGGUCCAUUACCUCAUUGGUUCAAUGAUAGACUCUAUGAUAAAUAUCCUAAUUAUAAUGCCUUUAAUUGGUCUGCAAUUCAAUGGUCAAAGUUUUUUGAUUUAAAAAGUCUUUCAAUGUUUAUACCAGUUAUGGAUUUAAUUGAAUUUCAACAGAAUAUUGUAAAUUCAAUGACAUUGAAGAAUUUGUCUAAUCCUUCAUCGUUGAAAAUUGACUUGGCUCUUCAGUUAGUAAGGGAAACAUAUGAUACAAUAAAACAAAACUCAAAUAAUCAACGUAAUGUUGUUGACUAUUGUCCAAAUGAAAUACGUGAAUUGUAUUUAUCAGAUAAUUCACUGUUAAAUCAACCAAUGGAAUUAUUUGAAGGGAGUACUUUCUCUCCUACUACUCUUACUGGUUUAUUACCAAUGACUGCAACUGCAUACGAUUGUAUAACUGGUGAAUUAGAACCUGUACAUUUAGCACCAUUUUUAUUACAAUUAAUUGAAAAUUCUAAGAAAUCUAUCACCACGUUAUAUUUAGGCUCUGCUCAGUCUAUUAUUCAUGGACAUUGGAGUGAAUGGAGUCAAGAAUAUUGGACAGCGCGUCGAAGCAUGAUCUUUGCACGUCAUUUACGUGAUAUCGGUGAUAAUUAUCGUGCGGCGUAUUUACACUCGUAUGAUACUAUGGAUCGUACAGUUUCACCUUUAAUGAUUGAACAACUAGGUUCAGGAUCUGAAUGGUUACACUCAAAAUGGCCAUUAUCUCCAGCACUUGGUGGACCGUAUAUUGCUGUCCAUUGGAGACGGGGUGAUUUUAUCUCUAAUCCUGCUCCUGCUGAUGGUAUGUGGUGGUGGUGGUAUGGAUUCCGUUGA